AUGACGUGGGUUGAAAGUGAAUCCUACGUCCAGAGAGACUGCAGCUUCCAGGACAAUCGAAAUCAGUAUAUUCGAGAUACCGAUCGCCGGAGCUUGAACAAUAGCCCCGACUAUAAUUCAAGAACCUAUACCUCACAAACGUAUAGCCCAGCUCAUUAUACAUUAUCAGAGUAUAGCUCGCCCCCAAACGCAGUCUUCACUAACAUUUCCUCUCACAUCCACGAUGAAGAUCUCAAUAUAUCAGAAGAAAGACCUCGAAAUACUAGAAAUAGUCAACACGAUGCCAUUGUAGCACAAAAUAGCAUUACUACCUCCACAGAGUGCAAUGACUACUUGUGGCAAGGUACCUCAUACCCAAGCCUUGAAUAUGGCACCGAAUCCAUCUACAAUUCAAAUAUCGAUCCAAGUCUUUGGAAUUGUACUACAACGAGCACUGGACCAAUCGCGCCACUUCCUGUUCUUACAGAAGCACAAAGCAUUCUCAACGAGCAACGUUUCAAGCAGUGCUGGGAUAUUCCAUCACUAGAAGCAGCAAACCCUAUGCAGAUCAAUGAAUACGCCGGAGUAACCUUUCCAUCGUGCAUGAUCGGUCAAGCUAGUAUAUCGAGAACAGCCAGUGUAAAUUCAUUCCGGUCAGCGUCGUCAGUUUCUAAACCAGAACGGGAACUCGCCUCGUCAUUUUUCGACAUGACUGAGUCUAUGACAAUUAGAUCACAAUCCCCAGGCGAAGAAUCUUAUAGAUCUGAGUCAACUUCUGGGUCACCUCUACCAAGCAUCGCAGAGAAAUCAUCAACUCGCUCAGGGAAACGGAGGCUUCAAGAGAGGAAUGACCCAAAUCAUGUAAACCGUCGCGGAGAUACCGGAAGAAGGAAGUUAGAUCGAUACUUUUGCACUCGGUGUAAUGCUUUUCCCAAAGGCUGGAAGCUACCCGAGGACUUGCGAAAACAUAAUCAAGGACAUCAUACCGAAACUGGAUUUUACUGUGCCUCUGGAGUGGAUGAGAAAUGUGCCUAUUGGAGUUCUCAGGAGUCGAGAUAUAUAGACCAUCUAAAGGUAGAGCAUGCUAGUUCACGCAUCUCACAAGAGAUUAUCCAGAAAUAUAAUACCAUAAACGGUAUUACCCUCGAUGGUAGUUACAUGUGCAGGAUACCAGGUUGUGACAAGGUUUAUAAAAGAGCAGAGCGAGGUCGUCGAGACAAGCAUGAAGAAAGGAAGGCCGCACACGUUUUUAAGGGGGAAUUGGGAAGAAGCGUAGAUCCAGCCCAUCUAUUCCCAAACAGUCAUGUGGGGUGCACAAAUGAUGAGACGAAAAGACAUGUUGAUAUGGGACAGUGCGAUUUUGCUCAUUCUGGUCCAGCCAGGGAAUCCGGGGGUGUUGGCCAGAGUAACCGUCAAUUUGAAUAA